UAUUAAAAAAGGAGCACGUUCUAUUUUCCACUGGUGUAACUACUGGUUUACUACAUCGGCCUGAUUCAAUAUGUAAUCUAUGUGAUCAGCACAUGAUAAAUGUAAAAUUGGAAAUCCUGUGAUAUCGUCUACACCAGAAACCACAAAAAAUCGUCAGGGCGAUGCAUUCAAAGUGGCUCAAGCUGACGUUCUGCAUUGCGACUGUCCUUUUUGUUAGGCCAUAUACAUACAUCUGCGCCAUCCAAAGAUCAGCACUGUAUUCAGUGAUUGAUUAUGACGCCACCAGUAUUUCCAGAGACAACAGUAUCCGGUGUGGCGUUGAACAUGCAUGGCUAAGAACACAAAGCUUACUUGUAGAAGGGUCCAGCUGCCGCGCUGUUGUUCAUGGUUUGACCUCUGAAACAAUAGGCUCGGUGUACAUGAAUAAGUACCGAAGUGUGUCAUCAUACAUACCACAGUUGCAGUUAAUGGAAGCCCUCGUGGAACUGUUUCAUCCCGUUCCAGAGGUCCUUACAGGCAUGAGGAUCAACUUGACGUUGACACCAAAAAUUUCAUAUCCCAAAUUUGCCGUUAACCUCGUUAAAAAUGCCACUAACAUACUAGCACAACUCAGAAUUUUUGGAAAUAAGUUAAUCCUAAACACAAUGUUGAAUGGAAUUUGGCAAGCAGAAACGGGCGCCAUAACAGUUAACUUCUUAGCCGAAACACGAUACACAUUCGCCUUCAUUAUCGUGGACCAGGACCACAUUCGGGUUUUGAUGGAUUCCUUUGACGUCAUGACAUACCAGAUUCCAGUCCUGCUUGCAAAUGAGACCAACACAAUGGAAGUGUAUUGUAACGCCUGUCAAGUUCACACCAUAUCCAUCGCGUAUAACACUGUACACUGAGGAACUAAGUAGCUAAAUCUCGUUAUAAGAACUUGCACUGAUACGUUUUGAUGCGGCAUUAACUUGCGUUUUUGCUUUUGUAAUAAAAUAAAUAUUAGGAUAACUUAAGAGUAUAAUAUGUCAUAUGGAAAAAGUAUUAUGUUAACCCGAUACGGUUUAUAGUGAUUCUAUUCUUUUUAAAGACAUUUUAUUAGAACUGUCAUAAGAAAAUCGUGUGAACGUAUUUGUCUUUACGUAGAUGCGUUAUUACUGUUGAUGUAUAGACUCACGGCUAUGUUUUUUUGUUCAAACACUCUUCCAUGUUAAUUUGAAGGACAUACCUGCACAUCUACUUAUGGUCAAUUCAUUUGUUUACAAUGCAGAACUUAGGCUUGCAGCUCGAUCGAAAUGGGUUUGAGUUUGUAUCAUCUAUUCGUAAAAAGCAAGUUCUUAAUUAGCAGGUUAUGUAAGGUACGUGUACUUGCACUUUAAUAUUGCCGAAUUUCAUAUCAUUUUCAAAGGUAAAGGAAUUGCCACCUGACCUGUGCAGGUAGCAUGUUUACAUAUUGUAUGUUUCAUAUUUUGAUUAGUUCAAACUAUCAACAUUUGUUCACAUAUUUAAAAAUAUGUCUGCACAUAUGCAAUUGUUUCAUUGUGGGUGACCUGCAUGUGAAGCUUGAGCUAUUAACCACGUGAAACUUAAAUAUGUUCCUACUUUUCAAACAAACUUUUUCAGCUAAGAAAAUGUAUAUGAGUAAUGUUAUGAUCUUUUCUUUAAGUCUUGUAUAAUGAUUAAUGAAUAGAAUUUGUUUGUUUCUGGGUUUCCGAAUGAUAACAAACACUCGUGUGCCUAUAAUUUAUUCAGUUCAAUUGACAACACUAUUUUCUACCAUAAAAGCCUAAACUAUGUUUAUAUAUUUGUAAUUAUAUACCAAAUCAAUAUUUAGAGAUAAAUAUAUAGUAUCGAUAAGAGUAAAAUUUGAAAUAAAUGGAUCUGAAAAAUAUGGGAAACAAGGAAUGAACGUUUUGCACCAAAUGCCUUAUUAUAUAAAGAACGCAAACAAUACUUUGUUUGUGUAUGGUGUGAGAUAUCUUUACGCCUUUUUGCUUUAGAAUCUAAAAAACUAUGGGAAAUGUUCAAGAGACAUUUGUUGUUUGCUGCAUAAACGUUUACUUACCGAUAAUAAUAUAUUGAGAACGUUUACACAACCUACGUUCAUAUACCUGAUUAUGCAAAUGUUCCCCAAUCUUAUUUCUCGAAGUCGGACAGUAACACUUCGAACGCAAUCCGUUUAAAUCGUGUUUAAAUCACGUUUA